UCACCAAGUGGCUCAGCGGGGAGUCACUACAACAUGCUCUGAGGAUCAGGGCGGUCCAUGUGAACAACCCACACGCAGGUCUUCAACGUUUGUGGCAACGUCUAGACAAAAGUUUUGGUUCUCCAGAGACAAUAGAGAUGAGAUACCCACCAAGGAGGCUGUGUCGGCUCACCCGCAUCUACACGCACUCGCUUCACAGAUCCCUCCUCUGGACCCAGCCGCGGACAUUCUCCUCUUCUUGGGCCGGGACAUCAUCCAAGCUCACAAGGUUCGCAGUCAGGUAAAUGGUCCAAACAGUGCACCUUAUGCCCAACGCCUUGAUCUGGGAUGGGUGGUUGUAGGUGAUGUCUGCCUCUCGGGGGCCCACAAGCCCACAGUAAACUCUUUUAAGACAGACAUUCUGAAUAACGGGCGCCCUACCUUCCUUAGCCCCUGUGAAAACAAAAUCUACAUCAAAGACAAAUACACAGAAAGCCGUCCCACAUUCCAGAAGACACAAGCGGAAUUAGGCAGACACAUUUUCCAGCAAACAGUAGAUGAUGACAAAACGGCUCUUUCAGUAGAAGAUGCCUUGUUCCUGGAAAUUAUGCACAGAGACUUUACUAAAGAUGAGGCGAACAAUUGGGUAGCUCCACUCCCAUUCCGCUCCCCCAGACAGCGUUUACCCAACAAUAGGGACCAAGCCCUCAGUCGCUUAAUGUCGCUCCGCAAAACGCUGAAAAAGAAACCUGAAAUGAAAGACCAUUACAUUGAGUUUUUAGACAAAACUUUCAGUAAGGGCCACGCUGAACCAGCUCCAGCUCUAGCUCCAGAACAAGAAUGCUGGUAUCUCCCUAGUUUUGGCAUUUACCACCCUCAGAAGCCAGGAAAAAUUAGGGUGGUUUUUGAUUCAAGUGCGCAAUACAACAAUGUUUCUCUCAAUGAUGUGCUACUAAAAGGGCCAGAUCUCAAUAAUACUCUUGUGGGAGUGCUGAUGCGUUUCAGGGCCGACCCAUACGCAGUCAUGGCCGACGUGGAGCAAAUGUUUUACAAUUUUGUUGUCAGAGAAGACCACCGCAACUACCUCCGCUUCUUGUGGUUUAAAAACCAUGAUCUGGAUGGAGAAGUACAGGAAUUCAGGAUGAGAGUCCACGUGUUCGGGAACUGCCCCUCCCCAUCAGUGGCCAUUUAUGGACUGAAACGAACAGCGAUGGAGGGAGAAAAAGAACACGGCAAUGAUGUAAGAGAGUUCAUUGAACGCCACUUUUAUGUGGAUGAUGGACUAAAAUCAUUUCCUUCCGCUGAUGAGGCCAUCAACAUUCUCUGUGGGGCUCAGAAGAUGCUGGCUCAGUGUAACAUACGCCUGCAUAAAAUCUCAUCCAACUGUCCUACCAUCACAAACGCCUUUCCAAGUGAGGACCUUGCAGCUGACAUGCAGGGCCUUGACCUUGGGCAGACACCCAUGCAGCGAAGCUUGGGCUUGGGCUGGGACCUGUCUACAGACUUGUUCAGGUUCCAGAUAAUCAUCAAUGAGAAGCCCUUCACUAAGCGUGGAGUAUUGUCAGUCGUUAAUAGUGUGUAUGACCCACUUGGCUUUGCUGUCCCUGUCAUCGUAGAGGGCAGGGUCAUACUCAGAGACAUUUCCACUGACAUUAGUGAAUGGGACACUGAACUCCCUAAAGACAAAUUACAACAGUGGCAACAGUGGAAACACUCCCUCAAACAUCUACAACAGCUUGAGAUUCCCAGAAUGUUCACCUCAAUACCACUCUCUGCAGCAGUAACCAAGGAAAUCCAUGUUUUCUGCGACGCCUCUACCAAGGCAGUGGCUGCUGUUGCCUACCUUAAACUCACAGACAGAGAUGGUCAUAAUGAAGUGGGCUUCCUUCUUGGCAAGGCACGGCUUGCCCCAAAACCAGACAUCACCAUACCCAGACUUGAGCUCUGUGCAGCGGUCCUGGCUGUCGAGGUGGCAGAGUUAGUCGUGGACGAGCUGGACAUCACAGUUGAUGAGGUGAGCUUCUAUUCAGACUCCAAAGUAGUCCUCGGUUACAUCUUCAACACAACAAGGCGUUUUUAUGUCUAUGUGCACAACAGAGUGGAACGCAUUAGGCGAUCUACACAAGCUCACCAGUGGCAUUAUGUGCCCACUCACUUAAAUCCUGCUGAUCAUGCCACGCGCGCAUUACCUGCUGAGCAGCUUUCUACCUCCACAUGGCUCAGUGGACCCGCAUUCCUUACCAAGUCAGAAACAGGUCAAUCUCAGGCAGAGUCAUUUGAUCUUGUAGACCCAGAGACUGACAACGAACUGCGUCAUGAGGUAACUACUUGUGUUACCACUCUUGCAAAGGAUGUUCUCAGUAGUGCCAGAUUCGAAAGGUUUUCAAGUUGGAAUGUACUACUGAAAGCUAUAUCUAAACUCCGACACAUUGUUCAGUCCUUUAAGCAGAACAUAGAAGGCUCCUGCCAGGGCUGGCACAGCUGUAGUGAGCAUUUAAUUGAAAAGCAGCUUGAUCAAGCUAAGAUCUUUAUCAUUCGCACCGUCCAAAGAGAAGUCUAUGCAGAUGACAUAAGACAGCUUGAGAAGAGUAUGCCCCUCAAAAGGUCAAGCCCACUUAGCAAACUGAACCCAUUUCUCGACACAAAUGGGAUGCUCAGACUAAGACGAGCACAGGCAGACAUUUUACUGAAGGGGCAGUCAGAGCUGCAGGCUUUUGGAUUGUGGGAGGAAAAAGAGCAAUAA